GAUGAAUACAUUGGAAAGUUUUUUUGGCCCUGGUGAGGGUGUCAGAUUGAAUGCUCUGUGCGCAUGUGCGAAGGUGUCCAAACUGACAAUGCUGGGGAGAUGAAGAUAGUGUGUAGCUGCUUCUGGGCUCAAGGAGGAGGAGAGGAAUCCACACGCCGACACGAUGAGAUCCAAGGCGAGGGCGAGAAAACUGCCCAAAAGUGACAGCGAGAUUGUAAAUAAUAUGUACGAGACCGACCCCGAUCUCCUUGCUGGAGAAAGCGCAGAGGAGGAAACUGAGGACAGUAUAAUGUCCCCCAUCCCUGUGGGACCUCCGUCACCCUUCCCCACCAGUGAGGACUUCACUCCCAAGGAGGGCUCACCCUAUGAAGCUCCCGUCUACAUUCCUGAUGACAUUCCAAUCCCACCAGAUUUUGAACUCAGAGAAUCUUCGAUCCCAGGGGCAGGGCUAGGGAUUUGGGCCAAAAAGAAGAUUGAAGUUGGGGAAAGAUUUGGACCCUAUGUGGCAGUGCAGAGGAGCACAUUAAAGGAAACAAACUUUGGAUGGGAGCAAAUACUGACUGAUCCCGAGGUGACCUCCCAGGAGGGCAAUAUAAAAAAGAUUCCCGAUGCCCUGGGCACUGAGAAGUUCUGUGGUGAUGCCAGCCAGGGCGGGGCUGGGAACUGGCUGAAGUACAUCCGAGUGUGCUGCUCGUGCGACGAGCAGAACCUGGCUGUGUGCCACAUCAACGAGCAGGUCUAUUAUAAAGUUAUUAAAGAGAUUGAGCCGGGGGAAGAGCUCCUGGUGUGCCUGAAGGAAGGAGGUUAUUCCCUGGGGAACAUGGCACCCAGCAUGGAAGAGGAGCCCUCGUUCCGCUGUGAGGACUGCGAUGAGCUGUUCCAGUCCAAGCUGGACCUGCGGCGCCACAAGAAGUACGGCUGCGGGGCCGUGGGGGCCCUCUACGAGAGCCUCAGCGACGACAUCAAGCAGGAAGGCCUUGGGGAUGGACAGGUCUACGAGUGCAAGGACUGUGAGAGGAUGUUCCCCAGCAAAUACAGCCUGGAGCAGCACAUGGUGAUCCACACCGAGGAGAGGGAGUACAAGUGUGACCAAUGUCCCAAGGCUUUCAACUGGAAAUCCAACCUGAUUCGUCACCAAAUGUCUCACGACAGUGGGAAACGGUUUGAAUGUGAAAACUGUGUUAAGGUGUUUACGGACCCCAGCAACCUCCAGCGGCACAUCCGCUCGCAGCACGUGGGCGCGCGGGCCCACGCCUGCCCCGACUGCGGCAAGACCUUCGCCACCUCCUCGGGCCUCAAGCAGCACAAGCACAUCCACAGCACUGUCAAACCUUUCAUAUGUGAGGUCUGUCACAAGUCCUACACGCAGUUCUCCAACCUGUGCCGCCACAAGCGGAUGCACGCGGACUGCCGCACCCAGAUCAAGUGCAAGGACUGCGGGCAGAUGUUCAGCACUACCUCCUCCCUCAACAAGCACCGGCGCUUCUGCGAGGGCAAGAACCAUUACAGCCCCGCCGGCAUCUUCGCCCCCGGCCUCCCCCUCACGCCCACCUCCAUCAUGGACAAAUCCAAGCCCUCUCCCAACCUCAACCACGCCAGCCUGGGCUUUAAUGAGUAUUUCCCGUCCCGCCCGCAUCCUGGCGGGCUCCCGUUCUCACCAGCACCUCCAGCAUUCCCUGCCCUCACCCCGGGAUUUCCUGGGAUUUUUCCACCUUCUCUGUACCCCAGGCCCCCCUUGUUACCGCCCACGCAGCUGCUCAAAAGUCCCCUCAACCACACUCCGGACGCGAAGCUCCCCAGCCCCCUUGGGAACCCGGCGUUGCCCCUGAUCUCCUCGGUGAGCAACAGCAACCAGGCUCCUUCAGGGGAGGAGAAAUGUGAAAGCAGCCUGGAAAACUCCUACCUGGAGAAGCUAAAAGCCAGGAACAGUGACAUGUCCGAUGGCAGUGACUUUGAGGAUGUCAAUACGACCACGGGCACGGAUCUGGACACCACGACCGGCACGGGCUCUGACCUGGACAGUGACGCGGAGAGUGACAGGGACAAAACGAAAGACAAGAGCAAACAAAUGGAGACCAAGGCAGAUUUUGUCAGCAGCUCGGUGUCUGCCAGCUCCACCAACACCACGAGCGAGAUUCCUCUCUUCUAUUCUCAGCAUUCCUUCUUUCCUCCCCCCGAGGAGCACCUGCUGCCCACCACGGGCGCUGCCAAUGACUCCAUUAAAGCUAUCGCCUCCAUCGCAGAGAAGUAUUUCGGGCCUGGCUUUAUGGGCAUGCAGGAGAAAAAGAUGGGUUCGCUCCCGUAUCAUUCCAUGUUCCCCUUCCAGUUCCUCCCCAAUUUCCCCCACUCCCUCUACCCUUUCACGGAGCGGACCCUCAAUCACAACUUGCUGGUCAAGGCAGAACCAAAGUCACCCAGGGACCUCCACAAAGUCGGUGGCACCAGCUCGGACUCCCCCUUCGAUCUCACCACGAAGCCAAAAGAGAUUAAGCCAAUCCUGCCGCCCCCCAAGGUCCUCCCAGCCCCGUCCUCAGGGGAGGAGCAGCCACUGGAUCUGAGCAUUGGCAACCGCAUCCGAGCCAGCCAGAACGGAGGGAGAGAGCCACGGAAAAACCACAUUUAUGGGGAGAGGAAGCUGAUGGCAAGUGAGGUCUUACCUAAGAUUUCCCAGUCCCAGCUGCCUCAGCAGCCUUCCCUGCACUACGCUAAGCCAUCGCCCUUUUUCAUGGACCCCAUCUACAGCAGGGUGGAGAAGCGGAAGGUGACAGACCCCGUGGGUGCCCUCAAGGAGAAGUACCUGCGACCCUCCCCGCUGCUUUUUCACCCCCAGAUGUCAGCCAUCGAGACGAUGACAGAGAAACUGGAGAGCUUUGCAGCAAUGAAGGCCGACUCUGGCUCGUCCCUGCAGCCCCUUCCCCACCACCCCUUCAACUUCAGAUCGCCGCCACCAACGCUCUCCGACCCCAUCCUGCGCAAGGGCAAGGAGCGCUACACCUGCAGGUACUGUGGCAAGAUCUUCCCACGCUCAGCCAACCUGACGAGGCACCUGCGGACACACACUGGGGAGCAGCCUUACAGGUGUAAAUACUGUGACAGGUCAUUCAGCAUUUCCUCCAACCUGCAGAGGCACGUCAGGAACAUCCACAACAAGGAGAAGCCAUUCAAGUGCCACCUGUGCAACAGGUGCUUUGGGCAGCAGACCAACCUCGACAGGCACCUGAAGAAGCACGAGCAUGAAAAUGUUCCAGUGAGCCAGCACUCCGGAGUCAUCACCAACCACCUCGGGACCAGCGCCUCCUCCCCCAACUCGGAAUCAGACAACCAUGCACUUUUAGAUGAAAAAGAGGAUUCCUAUUUCUCAGAAAUCAGAAAUUUUAUUGCCAACAGCGAGAUGAAUCAAGCGUCGGCUUUAGCAGAUAAAAGGCCAGAAAUCCAGGGUAUUGAUGGCAAUUCCCAGUGCCACGGACUGGCAAACGAGAAGGCAGAAGAUGUGGACGAUGAGGACGAAGAACUGGAAGAGGAAGAUGAUGACAGCCUGACUGGGAAGUCCCAGGACGAGACGGUGUCGCCCACGGCGGAGCCGCGGGGAGCGUUCGAGGAUGAGGAGGAUGAGGAGCCCACGUCUCUCACCAUGAGCUUUGACCACGCCCGAAGGUGUGUUGAGGAGGACGAAGCCGGCCUGUUAGAUUUGGAGCAGAUGCCGAAUUUUGGGAAGGGGCUGGAUCUCCGCAAAGCGGCCGAGGAAGCCUUUGAAGUUAAAGAUGUGUUUAAUUCCACCUUAGACUCUGAGGCAAUAAAACAGACUCUGUACAGGCAGGCUAAAAACCAGGCUUAUGCAAUGAUGCUGUCCCUGUCUGAGAACGCUCCCCUCCACACGUCCUCCCAGAGCUCUCUGGGGGCUUGGCUGGACAUGGCAGGAGCAGCUUCAGAGUCGGGGACCUUUAACCCCAUCAACCACCUCUGAGAGGUCCACAAGGCACUGGCCAGAGCCCAGGUGAGGCAGUGGUGGUGCUGCAGCCAUCCCAGCAAAAUCCCAGCGAGCAGAAGAUGGAUGAGAGGGCCUCAGGGAGUCGUCUGGACUUUGGGCUGAGAAGGAAACCUGUCCCAUCCGACCCACACGCCCUGCAUUUUUUAUCUCUCUAGAGUUUUCCUUUCUAAUUUAUCACAAUGAACCUCUCCCAAAUUGGAUAACCCUGAAGCAGCCGCAGGAAUUUCACAGCCUGUAGGAACAGCAUGAGCAAGACACGAAAUUGCAGCAGUGCAAUCAAAGAUUGGCCCCCUCCAGCCUUCCAAACUGAGGUCACUGAGCCAGCACAGCCUGAGCAGGAAUGACAGCUUGGAACCACAGGGCAGCAUUUCCUUCCCCAUCCAGCUGAAUGAAGCACCAAGGGAAGAGAGCCAGGUGUGACCUGUCCCUGGUGCAGCUCUGACACAGCCACUGGAGUUAUGCCAGAGAAAGACAAAUUCAACCCACUAAACUGACCCCCCCCAAAAGAAUUCUGCACUCCCACAGAAACUCCAUCCCGUCCUUUGCUCCCAGCAAAGCUCCUCCAAGGUGAGGCCACGUUGCCUGCAGUCAUUGUGAGCCACAUGCAGCUCCCAGCCUGGAACAGUGCUGGGGUUGGGGUGACAGAUGUGUCACACAGACGUGGAUAUGCCCUGAGCAAGGCUGGCAGAGCUCCCUGCCCUUCCUGUGAGUGCCUGGGACACAGCCAGGCUGGUGGAGCUCCUGGAAAUGCUUGGAUUUGCCCGAGCAGAGAGGUCACAGGGUAAGGGCUUCGCUGGUUGAGCAUGAGGAAAUGUGUGCUGGGCAAAGCCAGGGCAGCUCAGACACGUCUGCUUGUGUGUCAGGGUUUCAGGGUGACAUCACCCUGUGCUGGUGGUAUCUACGGCACAGAUCUCUGAUUCACACCGUUGUUUGGGCCUGGUUUUUCCCUCUGUGCCACCUGCUGCUGCUUGGCCUAUAUUUUAAGUAGAA